AUCAGACAGUGACAAGGUCAUGGCCGAAAGGGGACUCUAACUUGUUAACUUUGUUUUAAGGUUGAAGAAAAUGAUCAAAACGGUAAAAGGUCUCGUAUCACUUCAGAUUUUUCUGCUCUCAUCAGUUCAUCUCCAGAAGAGUCGCCACCAUCGGUUGGAGGAUCCCUUGGAAGAUACUCAAAUACAGCAGGGACUUGUUGGACAAACUGCCUCCUGUUUUUUUUGGCUGGAGGAAAGCUAACCACAUUUGUCAGCCAGUGUGCAGGAAGUCGUGCGUAAAUGGAAAAUGUGUGGGACCAGACAAGUGUUCGUGCUUCACAGGAUAUCGAGGACCACACUGUGAUGAAGAUGUGAACGAGUGCGGUUUGCAGAAGAGACCGUGUUCCCAGCGCUGCAUGAACACACCAGGCAGCUACCGUUGUUACUGUGAGCCGGAAUACACCCUAAGAGCAGAUGGAUACACCUGCAUCAGAGAUACCACAUGUUUCUCUCUGCGCUGCCAGUUUGGUUGCCAGGUGGAGAGAUGGGGAACACUAUGGUGCCUGUGUCCGCCUGGCCUCCACCUGGCAGCUGAUGAUAAGAACUGUGAAGAUGUAGAUGAGUGUCAGAAGGCUGAUGUGUGUCCACCCCAGCUGACCUGCAAGAACACAUUCGGCAGCUUCGUUUGUGUUUGCAAAGAUGGCUUUGUGAUGGGAAGCCUGCGGGGAUCUGUGGAGUGUCGAGACAAGGAUGAAUGUCUGAUUGGAAAUCACAUGUGCAGCCGCCAUGCUCGGUGCAUUAACACAGAGGGCUCCUACACCUGUCGCUGCUUAGAGGACCACUUUGGCAACGGACGCUCCUGCCGGCCCAGGAGAGCUCCACAGUCUAAGGCUCCCAUGUACUUCAACUACAGACUGUCCAAAAGGACCAGAGCUGUCCGCACUGCGGUUUAGAUCCAAAAGGCUCCAAUAAAAAUGAAAUAAAUCCACUUAAGAUGAAGUCCUUAAGUGGAGCUGUAAAGGUUAAAUCUACUCAUCUUUACCAUGAAACUUUUACAUUUUUAAUUUUGGCUUUUGAUGAAGCUUUGAACUAUGCCUUUUGGAAUGAUAUUUCAAACAAAUUGAUGAUUCUUUAAGGGGAAACCAAAUAAGCAUACACCUUCCUGAAUUUUUUUGAGUUUCCUUGCAAUAGACUCCAGUACAUCAAAUAUGUCUGGAAAUAAGUUUCCUAAUGGUAGCCAUCAACAAACUUUUAGCAAUGUUCCAGAUAAAAAUUUGCUCUAAAUCUGCUGGUCUCCUACACAUUCAGAGUUUUAUGGUCCCAUAUUAUUGAAAUACGUCUAAGCUUUAGGUUGCUUUAGACAUUUAGAAGGUAGCCUGUUUUGUUUAUACUGAUACGAGCAUGCUUGGUGUGAGAUUUCUAGUCAUUGAGUCGAAGCAAUUAGCUGGCUUUCCUUAGAUAGAAAACUUUUAAAUAAUCUGAUUGUAUGCUCUGGUUGAAUCGUCUCCAUAAAGUGCCUUGAGAUGACACGUGUUGUGAAUUGGCACUAUAUAAAAAAACUGUAUUGAAUUGAAGCCUAAAGAUGUUAGAACAAAUGAAACUUUGUUUCCAUCAGUCACAACUGAGACACAAAAGCCUUAGAGGAAGUCGCACAACCUGCAACAGAUGUUGCAGUGCAGCUCUUUAUGUUGUAAUUAAGGAUCUAAAGAUCAUACCUAUUAGCUGCGUUACUUGCCAAAUUAUGAGUGGUCUGUCCCGCUCAGAUGUCCGUAUCAAUGGUCGGGACCAUAGACAUGUGUACACGUAUUUUUUUUAUUAUUAUUAUGCAGGGAGUUUUACAGUUUAUAUGGACACUGCAAUGUAAAUAGAGCAGAAAAACAGAAGAAAAAGGGGAA